AUGAAAGUAGAAAAGAACACGGAAGGAAAGCCACCUUACUCGUACGCUACCUUGAUUAAAUAUGCUAUCGAACGAAGUCCUGGAAACAAGUUAACCCUAAGCCAAAUAUACCAGUGGGUGAUUGAUCACUACCCAUACUACGCAUCAGCCGGUUCCGGUUGGAAGAAUUCAAUUAGACAUAACUUAUCUUUGAACAAGAGUUUUGUUCGUGUCCCUCGUCCAGUGAAUGAACCAGGCAAAGGCUCUUAUUGGACUGUAGAUCAAUAUGCUCAACUCAAU